AACGGCGCCUGGUAUCACACCCAUACCUACUUAAUAUUAUCCUUCUCCCUCACACCGUCUCCUCGGGUCCUCCCAAACCUCUGGAAUUUGGACCCCCCGUGUCAACCAACCUGUCACAGUCCAAUUUCACUGCAGGCUGACUUAACCCGACUCUAACUCCCCUGCUCUAGACAGCUUUUGCCACCGCAUCUUCUGCUUCAUUUAUUUCUCCCAUCUUGCCCUCUCGUGCAUUAGUUUCAUUCGACCAUUUUUCCCACUCGGCUAAUCCGCCCAAACAUCCCUCGUACUGGGAUCGAUCGAACUGGUGGCAUUCCUUGCCAAGUAUAUCACCACUAUCGCUGGAAGGCGCCCAUGAAAGAUUCGAUUGGAUUGUGGGAUUGAAAACUGCAUCGUCAUCUAUUUAUCGUCCAAUCGAGAAUUCGACUCAACCCCCGAUCGUAUUCACCCAAUUGCAACCGGUUCAUCUCUAGCAUCAUUUGUUGGACACCAGCGCCACUCGACCACCCGAAGCAACAUGUCGAGCCCGACCGAUCCCACCCGCCCUGGCAAGGGUAAGCAGGAAGGCCUGGGCAAGUAUAUCAAGCGCAUGAGCACCGCCUUGAAGAGGACCUCUACCUCCAAGUCUGUCGCUGGAUCUGCCGCCGAAAGAUCCCCCACCCAGGAAACCACCCCGACCGCGGCACCUAAAUCCAAGACCAAGCCGGCCGCGACCAAGGAACCCGCCUUCAAACCUGCGCCGCCACAGCCCGCCAUGCUGUCCCACUGGAGCGUUGUGCAGGAGGAGAAGGCUCGCGCCCUCUUCGCCAAAUACGGCAUGACUCUCGACCCGGGCGAGUGGAAGUCACCCAACGACGUGACCGUCCAACGCGUGACCAAGCCGAUCCGCAUGAGAGUGCGCCGCACCUGCCACCGCUGCCAGACCACCUUCGGCCCCGACAAGCUCUGCGUCAACUGCCAGCAUGUCCGCUGCAAGAAGUGCCCCCGCCAUCCCGCCGCCAAGUCCCACGAUCACGGCCAGCAGAACACCGAGGCCGCCCUCAAGGCCAUUCUCGCCCGCAAAGCGAACCCGGCCAUGGCUGCCACCAAGCGCAAGGAACCCGAACUGACGCUGCCUUCUCGCACCGGCGGCCAGGACCUGGUGCGCCGCCCGAUCGUGCAGAGAGUUCGCCGCACCUGCCACCGCUGCUGCGUUGUCUUCGCUUCGGGUACCAAUGAAUGCGCCAGCUGCCAUCACAUUCGGUGCAAGAAGUGUCCUCGCGACCCGCCCAAACUCCACAAAUAUCCCGAUGGAUACCCGGGCGAUGCCGAACCUCCCCGCGAGCAGCCCCCGCGUGCGUGGCGAAAGCCACGCCAGCGCGUUCGCUACACCUGCCAUCAGUGCUCGACCGUUUACCGAUCGGGCGAGAAGUUGUGCUCGAACUGCGGCCAGGAGAAGGGUCCGCAGACUCUCCGCGACCCGCCCAAGAAGCAGCGACCCGAGCCCGACCCCGCGAUCGUAAAGCAAGUGGAGGAACGACUGGCCAAGGUCAACUUGGACCUGAAACCGGGCGAAUAAGCUACAGACAUUCAACCAGCUAUCCGCGUACGCGGUUCUCACUCAGCUUAUUCCGGUCAUUCGGCAGCAAAACCAACUUUUGCGUCCACUCCUUACGAUAACGAUUCCCCUUGACAUUUUACUCUACUUCUUUCAAGCGCAGCGAAGAGACACUGCCCAGUGCCUACGGGCAGAAGGCCAUCAUCCGUCUCUGGAUCAGCUUUUAUUAUUCAUCAAAACAUUUUACACACCACUACACAAUGUCACCCACGUUGUUCAGUUGACCCGGUCAAGCGAACCAACCAUUCAACCAGUUCAACCCAGUUCAAUGCAAAUCGUAAAA